AUGCCCAUAUCCAUCUUCGACUCCAAUGCUAGCAACCAUUUACCCCAGAAUGCCAUGGAGGCCUAUACUCACGCCAUGCAGGCGCAUACCCAGUCCCAGAUAUCGUCUCUUGAUGGUCUGAGCGAAAGUCAUGGAACCAGCAGCAGGGACUCCGGUAAUGUCCCCACCAGCGGUGUGCUACACCAAGGCUCUGGUCCUCCCAUGCAGCUAAGACUGAAGAAGUCGGACGGCAAGCCUGCAACGACACAGCAUGCACUCAAGCUUAGCUUAUACAACGAUUUUUACGCGAAGCCGGCAUAG